ACUGCAGACGUCCUGAAAAGUGGGUUCUAGAGGUGCAUAAAACCUUUCAGUACUGGAGACAUAAACACACAUAAAGACAGUGAUGGAUGAGUAUCAGAACCAGGGGCUGAUUCAACGUGUGCCAAGCCAAGAAACCGUCGUGAACCGCGGUGGCACAGGGAGCUCCAAUGCAAAGGCACUGAAGGUGACCGGACUGACGGUCCUGGCCUGUCUUCUGCUGGCAGGACAGGGGCUGACCGCAUACCUCGUCUGGGGUCAGAAGGAACACAUCAGCGCUCUGACCACCGGCCAGGAGAAGCUGAAGACGGAGCUCACCAGAAAGAUGUCCGGUGCUCCUCCAAAGGCGAUGCAUCUUCCCAUGAAGAGCAUGCCACUGCUGAAGGAUUUCUCUGACGAGUCCUCUGACCAGACCUCCAAGAAGAGCAGCGUUCCUCUCACUAAACUGCAACCAAUUUUCACAAACCAGAAAGAGGGCACCGGACAACUGGAUGCUGCCAGAAAGAAGAUGCAGCUGCCAAUGGCGAGCCUGCCACUGCUGGUGGACGCGGAUGAGGAGGUGAAAAGCACUCCUGAAUCAGCUGUUGAGGUUCAGAGUAAGUGUCAGCUGGAGUCUCAGAAGCAGAUGAAACCCGGCUUCUUCAAGCCUCAGUGUGACGAGCAGGGCAACUAUCAGCCCAUGCAGUGCUGGCACAGCACCGGAUACUGCUGGUGUGUGGAUAAAAACGGCAACGAGAUCUCCGACACAAGAGUUCGUGGAAGAAGACCCGAUUGCAGUCAAGUGUGAAUCAGCACGUCCAGCAGUAAAGAGAAAAACUCUCCUCUUUCAGCU